GGAGACAUUCGUCAUAUCAGGUGUGCAAUCUUCUGAGGAAGUUGACUGCGCGAUACACAGAUUUUCUUUGCUUCUUUGUCAUGAAGCUCAAUUUUCUUGCCACCUUCGUCCUCCUCGUUGCCUUUCCGCCCCGACAUGAAUGUAGAGCGAUCGACAGCCCCAGCCAGCAGGCUCCUGGCACAGAGCACGACCCACAGCAGCAGUCCCUUCCCAUUUUGGCACGCGUGGGAGAGGAAUACUUCAUACGACUGGGCAACGGAAAUCAGAAUUCACCUCUGUCCGCACCAAACAUGUAUUCCGAAACCUCCCCGACAGGCUUCAGAAGAGCUCUGCAGCUCCAGCUAACACAACGUCUGUUACAAAGCAGAGUUGGUAACAUGAAGCGGUUCAUCGCCAAUUACGCACAACAGACCGACGACUCGAUGGAGAGGGAGCGACGGUCGGAGGAGCCUCCUAUCUCUCUGGAUCUCACCUUCCACCUGCUCCGAGAAGUAUUAGAGAUGGCAAGAGCUGAACAAUUAGCCCAACAAGCGCACAGUAACCGGAAAAUGAUGGAACUCUUCGGGAAGUAAAAUCGACAUCUAUUCAUCCGCCAAAGAAAUUUUUACAUUUAGCACAAAACAUAAUAUGUACUAUAGUGCUGCUUUUCCAUUCAUUUGUUUAUAUCGUAUUUAUUUACUUACUUAAUUUAUUUAUUUCAGUAGAUCUAUGCUCAAGUCAAGAGCAAAAAUGUGGAAUUGUAGCCUAUACAGCCUGGUGAUCAAAUAGCAGCGUUAAUGUCAUCACUUUCGAUAAUUGUUGUAAAAGUGCUUAAGAAAAUGUAGCCAAUUAAUAUACAAUGAGUUUAAUUUUCUAUAGUACACAAUCAUUUGGGACUUGAAAGUUAGAAAAGGCUGUAUAUUAUUCAAAAUGAUAUUUUAUCUGAUAUUUUUCUUUCAUUGUA